CUGAGCUGCGGGACAUGGUGAACGAGGUGGACCAGGACGGCAACGGGACCAUAGAAUUCAACGAGUUCCUCCAGAUGAUGUCGAAGAAGAUGAAAGAUGCGGAUGGGGAGGAGGAGCUUAGAGAGGCCUUUAGGGUUUUCGACAAAAACAACGACGGUCUGAUAUCUUCAAACGAACUGCGUCACGUGAUGACCAGUCUGGGGGAGAGGCUGUCGGAGGAGGAAGUCGAUGAUAUGAUCAAGGAGGCCGAUCUGGAUGGAGAUGGUCAAGUUAACUAUGAAGAGUUCGUGACCAUCCUCACAGCGAAGAACUAAGAAUAGACGGCGAGAACUUGAUCCAAAAAUCACCUAGUCCUGUUCGUAUCAUGAUAAACAAAAUAUACAGCUACCUUAAAAAAACAAUGUCCCAAACCUCCUUUUAUGUAUAAGCACUGCUUCACUUUUUCGAUAAUUAUUAUAACUAACGCUCUAAGAUUAUAUUUUAGUGAAACAAUAUGGUUCUGAGAUACAGGGUGCAAGAACUUACUUGUCUACUAUAAAUAAUUUCUAUACGAAUCUAUUUGUAACUUCGAGAAGCAAAGAAAUAAUAUAAGGUAAACAUUGAUAUACUUACAGCAGGUACAUUAAAUCUGUCCAGUUUUACAGUGAACAAUAUAUGGGGUGUUUCUUAAAAAUAACGUGGGUCGCCAAAGCCAACCUCGUUUGGUUAUUUUCUGUCGCUGCGUUGUAGUAUAACCCGUUGUACAAAAAAUGAGGUGAUGUACCACUUGUAAACAUUUUUUUGCGACAUGUUUACAAAAACACGAGUAGCUCUGUUUCAAGAACAGUACUACCAACCUUCAAAAAAACAAUUGUAUGCUUUCAUAAUACCCGCGAAUUUCAAAUAAGUAAUUCACCUUAUUUUUUGGGGUAUU